GGCCAGUUAGCUCGCCUUGGCAUUGACUUUGCACUUCCUCACAUAUCCAUCGACUAAUCGACCAGGCCGUUGUGAGCAAGAUCUGUUUCGUACCUUGUCUAAAAACACCUGCUGGGUGAUUGCUUUGCUUGAUUCAUCGACCGCUCGUCGUAGCCGAGUGACUACAAAUGGACCGUGAAACCAGUACAAGCUACGACGUCCUGGAGAGGAUACUGCUUGAUGAAAGCGCAGAUCCCACUAGCCUGCCGUUAUCACUUCUGCAAUAUGUAACAAAUCAUUUCUCUCUUGAUAACCAAAUUGGCAGCGGCGGGUUUGCAGUAGUUUAUAAGGGAAUGGUUGGAAAAGGUAUGGUCGCCGUAAAGAAGCUGUCCAACACAUUUGGUCUUCACGAGAAUAAAUUUCAUGAAGAGGUCAAAUGCCUGAUAAAUGCCAAGCACAAGAAUAUUGUAAGGUUUCUGGGCUAUUGUGCUGAGACUCAAGGUAAAAUGCAAAAGUUUGAGGGGAAGCUUGUCAUGGCAGAUCAACGGAACUGGUUGCUCUGUUUUGAGUAUGUAUGCAAAGGGAGUCUUGAUAAGCACAUUACUGAUGCAACCUGUGGGCUUAAUUGGAGGGAACGCUAUCAAAUUAUUAAGGGGAUAACUGAGGGUUUGCUUUUUCUUCAUGAGAUGCGAAUUCUUCACUUAGACCUUAAGCCAGCUAAUAUUUUACUUGACGGUCAGAUGGUACCCAAAAUUGCUGACUUUGGUCUCUCCAGAUGCCUUGGUGAAGAUCAAACCCGUGCGAUUACUGAAAACCUAAGUGGAACUCUGGGAUAUAUGGAUCCAGAAUAUCUCAGAUCAAGACAAAUUGCAUUCGCCUCAGACAUAUAUAGUCUUGGCGUCAUAAUCAUGGAGAUAUUGACAGGAACGAAGCAGUAUCUCGAUGACGAUUAUGUAGUUGAAAGUUGGAUGAAUCGAUUGGAUGCAUCAGAGGGGCGGAUGCAAUUGGAACAAGUAAGAGUAUGCUCUAAGAUUGGGAUAGAGUGCAUGAACCUGGAUCCAAAGAAGAGACCAGUGGCAAGGCACAUAAUUGAUAGGCUUGAUAAAACGACAAGUGCUGACUAUUCAGAAGAAAUUUGCAUCGGCAGUUCAUCAUUUGAAUCGCAGAUAAGUUUACCCAGGGAACAAUUUGGAGAAAGGAUUGGAAAGCUUGGAGCUGAGAGCCUCCAGAAGACAGAUGUCAAGGAACACUCAAUAUUGGAAGAUGUGGCAGAACGCCUUGAAUGGCUUCAUAUGCAGGAAAGCCAACUGAAAGUAGGCCAGUUACCAUUAUGGGGAGUGCAAGAUAUGAAGGAAAAGGUCAACCGUCAUAGGGCAAACAAUUCUAGCUCUAUCUGUACUGGGUUCUCUGAGAAGAACAUUUUGGACAUUUUCAACACGAAAACACGCAGCAAUUUUGAUAGGAACGACAGGCGAAAGUCACAUUUUAUAAAUAUCUUCAGAAAGGAGGAGCUCUUGCCAAUAGUAAGGAGUAGCAAUCGAAUUGGAACAGGUAGCUUCAGUGGAGUUUAUAAAGGCUUUGUAGGUAAUGCACUGGUCGUGGUGAAGACAAUGCUCUCUGGUAAUAUGCUAGAGAUUAACAUGUUAGAAAACGAAGUCAUCGUCCAAUCUCAGAUCGUCCACAAGAAUAUUGCUUGGCUCAUAGGUUGUUGCCUAGAAAUGGAAAACCUCAUGCUAGUGUAUGAGUUUCUCUCCAGAGGAAGCCUUCAUGACAUUCUUCACAGCGGCAGCAAGGUGCCUCUGAACUUGGAUGUGCGUCUAAAUAUCAUUGAAGAAUCAGCACGUGGUCUAGCUUAUUUGCACUCACAAGCUUAUACCAAAAUUGUGCAUAGUGAUAUUAAACCGGCGAGUAUACUCUUGGAUGAAAACUUUGUUCCAAAGAUCUCAGGCUUCGGCGUGUCGAGGUUGAUUACGAGAGACAACGAACACGCUGAAUCUGUCAUCGGUGACAUGAAUUACAUGGAUCCAGUAUACAUGCAAACAGGCCUACUGACCGAAAAAAGUGAUGUCUACAGUUUUGGAAUUGUGAUCUUGGAAAUCAUUAGCAGGAAGAAGGCCAGACAUUCUGAUAAUAAUAGCUUAGUGAAGUGUUUCGUUGAAGUUCAUGAAAAAGGGAAGAAAGCAACCGAGCUGUUUGACAAGGAAAUUGCGCUAACAGGUAAUUUGGAGAUUCUUGACUAUCUGGCAGAGAUUGCUAUGGAAUGUCUUAACCUUGAUAUCGAUCAGAGACCAUCAAUGACUAAUGUUGCAGAGCGCCUUGUCAUACUUAACCGAUCUCGUAGGUUAGAUGCACAGCAUAUAAGUGGUGACUAUUCAGAUGAAUCUGACAUCAGCAGUUCAUUUGCUGAGCAAAACGAAGAAGGCCAAUUUUGGGGAGUGCAAGAUACGGACCACCCUGGCGUAAACAUUUCUAGUUCUAUCUCUACUGGGCUCAACAAGUUCAACAGUUUGGACAUUUUCAACCGGAAGGCACGCAUGAAUUUUGAUACAAAAAGCAGACUUAUAUUAGAAAAGUCGCAUUUUAUAAAGAUAUUCAAAAAGAAGGAGGUCAUGUCAAUGCUGAAGACUAACAAUUUGAUUGGAAAAGAUGGAUUCUUUGAAGUUUACAAAGGUGUUGUUGGUACUACAGUGGUGGCGGUAAAGAAACCGAUCAAUGGUAGUAUGGUAGAGAAUGAACAAUUUGGAAAUGUAGUCAUCAUCCAGUCACAAGUCAUUCACAAGAACAUCCUUAGGCUUAUAGGUUGUUGCCUAGAAAUGGACAGCCCUGUGCUAGUGUACGAAUUUCUCUCAAGAGGAAGCCUUGAUGACAUUCUUCACAGCAGCGGGAAGGUGCCUCUAGACUUGGAUGUGCGUCUAACAAUUGUUGCAGAAUCAGCACAGGGUCUAGCUUAUCUGCAUUCACAAGCUCAUUGCAAAAUCCUGCAUGGUGAUGUUAAACCGGAAAAUAUUAUCUUGGAUGAAAACUUUAUGCCGAAGAUCUCAGACUUUAGCUUAUCAAAGUUGAUUGCGAGUGAUAACGAACAUGCCCACUUCAUCAUCGGUGACAUGUCUUAUAUGGAUCCAGUAUACAUGCAAACAGGCCUACUGACCGAAAAAAGUGAUGUCUACAGUUUUGGAGUUGUGAUCUUGGAGGUCAUUAGCAGGAAGAAGGCCACUCGUCCUGAUGACAGCAGCAGCUUAGUGAAGGGUUUCCUUGAAGUUCACAAAGAAGGGAAGAAAGCAACCGACCUGUUUGACAAGAAAAUUGCAGUAAAAGGAAAUUUGGAGAUUCUUGAAUACCUGGCGGAGAUUGCGGUGCAAUGCCUUAACCUUGAUGUGGAUCGAAGACCCACGAUGACAUAUGUUGCAGAGCGCCUUCUGACACUGCAACGAUAUCGUAGGUCGCAAGUUGCUCACCAGUGAGUUGAUGCAUAUUUUAGUGUGAACACCAUGUAUGCACCAUUGGAUAAGAUGGGCAACUAUCAGCGUGACUUAUUUUGCCGCUGUGAUUUUUUUUUCUGGAAUCUUUAGAACUAUGAUGUAUAAUGCAUAUUUUCUCCAUUUGUUCAGAGAAGUUUUGCUGUAUUAUAUUUCGUCGGGCUUACCAAAUUAUUGUACGUGUCAAGGGCAUGAGGAACA